AGCUCUAAGCCGGAGGAGGAGCUCGCACUCGGUCCUGCCGGGAGAGACCGCAUGGCCCUCUUCACCCGCCCCUCCUCGUGGCUGGUGUCGCCGCUGCUGCCGCUGCUGCUGCUCUACUGCGCGCCCGGAGAGGCGGGUGGCGGUAUAGCUGUGCAGGUGGCCUCCAAUGUGACCGGCUUCUUGGGUGAGACUGUAGCCUUGCACUGCAGCCUGGCUUCUAAAGAGACUAUGACGAUCACACAGAUAACCUGGAUGAAGCGGAUGCCAGAUGGAUCGCGCCCUCCCGUGGCUAUCUUUCACCCCAAGAAGGGGCCCAGCAUCGUGGAGCCAGAGCGGGUGAUGUUCUUGUCUGCCAGGCUGGAUGAGGAUCCCAGGAACGCAUCUCUGGCCAUCUCCCACUUGCGUGCUGAAGAUGAAGGCAGCUAUGAAUGUCAGUUUGCCACAUUCCCCACAGGCAGCAAGAGCUCCAGGGUCUGGCUGAAGGUGCUUGCCCGACCUAACAACUCUGCUGAGGCCCUGAAGCCCAAUUCCACCUCGAAGCUGCAGGAAGUAGCUAAAUGCAUCUCCGCUGGUGGGCGCCCUCCUCCACGAAUCACCUGGUCUUCGGAUGUGAAUGGAAGCACCCGUGAAAUUCAGAAACCAGGGCCCCAGCCGGGCUCCGUGACGGUGAUCAGCCUCUUCUCUGUGGAGCCCUCCAGCCGGGCAGACGGCAAGAACAUCACCUGCAGGGUAGAACAUGAAAGCCUCCAGAAGCCGGACCUGCUGCUCCUGACCCUUUCCCUAAACUAUCCACCUGAAGUGUCCAUCUCUGGCUAUAAUGGCAACUGGUUUUCAGGCCUCAAAGAUGUGGUCCUGACCUGUGAAAGCCGCAGCAAACCUAUGCCCCUCAGCUAUGAAUGGAGCACGGCCACAGGUUCCCUGCCCACCUCUGCUGAACCCCAGGACAGUCAGCUCCGAAUCACCACUGUGGAUCAUCUCAAUAACACAAUCCUCGUGUGUAAUGUCACCAAUGCCCUAGGGUCUGGUCAGGCCCAAGUGACAAUCCUAGUCAAAGAGAAAUCUGAGGUUUUGGAGCCAGAUUCAAGCUUAAGCCCUAAGCUCAUCGCCACCAUCAUCAUCGGCAGCCUGGUUGUCCUCGGUAUUAUGUGUGUGGUAUUCUGGAUGUGCAAGCGUGGUUGUUCUCUGUGGCCCAGGUCCAUAGAUAAUACGGGUGCCUGCUAUUCAUUAGUGAGACGUGACUGCUCUACCCAGAACAUGGAGGAAAACAGCAUGAGGUGACAGUGAUGGGAAGACAGAACUAAGGAACUUGGAAGUCUCAACAACUGGAACUUCAGAAACACUGUUUCAUGUUUUCAUGUGCUUAGUUUACAAUGCUGUACUUUGCCUUUCUCAUCUUACCUUACAAAUGAAUAAGCUUCUAGAAACUAGCCACCCAGUGCAGUGAACGUAGCAAGUUUGGAGCUCUCCCAGGACCCUAGUAAAUUCCACAUUGUCAAAAAGGACUCAUGGAGCCCAGUGUGGAGCUCAUACCUGUCAUCCCAGCAAGUGGAGGGCAGAUGCAAAGUUGAGUCUGGCCUGGGCUACAGAGUGAAGCCCUGUCUAUACACACACAAACAGGCUUUGAGACGGCCAUAAACUGAAGUCUUUCUGUGGGGAAGAUAAGUCUUCUACCUCAUGUUGACCAUGUAGAAUGUUCUAGGAGCUGAAAGACUUCGGCCACUGAGAUUCAGCUGCAGAAUCUCUUGUUUGGUUGAGUCAUUCAUGGCUUGUCCCUCUUUCCUCUCUGGACAAAGCUUCACUAUGUAGCCAAGGUUGGGCUCAAAUCACAGAGAUCAGUCUGCUCUACCUCCUAAGUGCCACCACACUUCUAGGUCUUCUUUUUGAUGAAGUAAAGAAAAAUAUAUUUAUAAAAACUAUCUUAUUUUAUAUACAUAUAUCUCUUUUAUAUUUAUACAUAUAGUUUCAUAUAGCCCACGUUAUCCUCAAACUAAUUUUGUAGCCAAGAAUGAUCUUAAACUAAUUUAUUUUAAUUUAUUUGUCUUCAAGAUUAAACAUACCCUAACCCCUGUUCCCUUCCUUUUCUUCUCCUCUCAAUUCAUUAGACACUAUUCUGAUUUAUGUCUUAAAAGACAUUGUGUUUAACUACAUAAAAAUCUGUGAACCACAAAUGAAAAGACUAUGUAUUUGUAUCUGUCUUUCUGAGGCUGACUCAAUGUCUUUAAUAUGAUUGUUUCAAGUUGUAUCCAUUUGCUUGCAAAUGCUGUAACUUUCAGGGUUUUUUUGUUUUGUUUUGUUUUGUUUUUGGUUGGUUUUUUUUUUUUUUUUUUUUGUGGCUGAAAAAAAUUCCCUUUGUGUGUGUAUACCACAUUUUCUUUACCCAUUCCUCUGUGGGUGAGCAUCGAGGUUGGUUUCUUAUGUGAGCUGUUCAGCACAUGCUGCAAUAAAUCUCAGCAUCCAGUUGCCUCUGUGAGGUGUUGACCUGGUGAAUCUCCAGGAGUAGAAUAUCCAGGUCCUAUGCUCUGUGUACAGGUUUGGGAGCAAGUUGUGUCCUGACUUCCAUUGUGUAGGGAUAAGGGUCCCGUUUUCCACACCCUCAACAGCCUUUGUUGUUUUCCCUAUGACUUCCAUUCUGACUGUGGAAUCUCAACAUUGAGUGUGUGGUGCACAUGCUUGAAGAGGCCAGAAGAAGACACUGGAUCCCCUGAAGCCAGGCAGCAUGCACUUGUGAGCUGCCCCAUAUGGGUGCUGAGAACCCAAUUCAGGUCCUCUGCCACAAUAAGACAAUGCUCUUAACCACUAGCAUCUCUAUGGCCCCUCAAUAGGUUUGUGUUUAUUAUUGUUGUCGUUAAUGAAUUAAUUUUUUUGAAACGGGUUCUCUGUGUAGCCCUGGCUGUCCUGGAAUUCACUCUGUACACCAGGCUGGCCUCAAACUCAGAAAUCUGCCUACCUCUGCCUCUCAAGUAUCUGGCCCCACAAUAAUGACUUAUGAGGUUGGAUAUUAUGGUGGUUUGAAUGAAAAUGGCCCCCCUACUUUCAUAGGGAGUGGCACUUUUAGGAAGUGUGGCCUUAUUGGAGGAAGUGUGUCACUGGGGGCAGGCUGACACUGUGUCCCUCUCUUCCUGCUGCUGAUCCAGAAGUAGCUCUAGGCUCCUCUCCAGCACCAUGUCUGCCAGUGUGUCAUUGUGACUCCCACCGUGACAGUAAUGGAGUAAACCUCAGACAGUGCAAGCCAGCCCAGUUAGAUGUUUUUCUAAGACACCACAGGGUCUUGGUGUCUCUUCACAGUGGUACAAACCCUAACACUGACUUUUUCCAUGUAUGUAUUGCUGUUUGUAGUCCAUCUUUUCAGAACUGUCUUAAUUUUGGGAACCCAUUUGUUGUGCUGUUUCCCAUUUAAUUUUUUGUGGAGGGGUUGGAAAUGAUCUCUGUGUACUUCUGGCUGCCCUGGAACGCAGAGAGAUCUUCCUGCUUUUGCUUUCUGAGUGCUGGGACUAAGAUCGUGCACCAUUAGACACUGAUUAGAUCUUGAAGGGUUUUCCCUACAGUCUCCCACAGUCCUAGAAUUCACACUUGAAUAAAGGUCUAUGAUGUAUUUGGAUUUGAUUUUUGUUCAGGGUGAGAUAAAGGGAUUAAAUUUUGUUCUUGUGUAUGUGGACAUCCACUUUCCCCAGCACCAUUUUUCGAAGGAAUUGUCUUUUCUCCAGUGUUUAUCUUUCAGCAUCUUUAUGAAAACCCAGAAAAUAUUACCUGGCCAUGGUGACAAGUGUGAAGGAGUCUGGGAAUGGGAUUUUGCCUCUUGGCCUUGGCAGAUGUGGUUUAAUCUAAAGUUCAGUUUCUCAGAAACUGACUUUGGCAGUUUCUCCAGCAGGGUGCUCUGUUCCUGAGAACUAGAUAACAAGCUUUGUGUAACCAUGAGUGAAUCCUCAGACAUUUUGCCAAGAGAAGCAGAUGGGCUGCUACCUUGAAAAAGUUGCUUGUGGUUUUUUGCUUUAAAAGAGCUGCUUGAGUGCUGAAUAAACAAGUC